AGACAGUGCGCAUGCCCAUCAGCUCCCUGAUCAUUCACAAAGUGCUGCGUUUUCCUUUGAAAAAAAGGGGCUAGACGGCACCAAACGACGAGAAACAUAUUGUAAAAAGCAACAGUUCAUUUUGAAAACAGGUGAUCUUGUAGUUGGAAAGUUCAGUGCACAGUAAAUAAGACAAAGGAAACUUUUUUUUUCUGUUUUUGGACUCGAUAGUCAAUCGUCAGCGCUGCAAUGCUGCUCGUGGAGUAUGGGUACAACUGCCAGCGCUGCGCCACACCCCCCUGUGCUGCAUGAGGGUGUCCACGGCAACGGCAUGGCGGACAGCAGGCAGUCGCUGAGCGUUAGCUCCUUCCAGUCGGUCAGCAUCCACAACAGCAAGGGCAAGUCCAUCAUCACCAACAAGGUAGCCCCAGUCGUCAUCACGUAUAACUGUAGGCAAGAGUUCCAGAUUCACGAUGACACACACAAAACCAAUUACAAAGUCGGCAGAAUUUCCGACACCAUGCCUGAGCACUAUUUGGUGCAGGGUUCCUUCUUCAUGGUACAGGAUGUUUACAGCAAGGCAGAUGUUUUGAACACUACGGCGAGCCAUGGAGCGCCCAACUUUCGCCAACUCAAGGGCACCUACCCAGUCUUUGGGAUGGGGCAGCCCAGCCUCCAUGGCUUCAAACAGGUCCUCCAGAGGCUUCAGAGCCAAGGCCACGAGGAGAUCAUUUUCUUCUGUGUGCGAGAAGAGCCAGUGGUGUUCCUGCGCCUGGCGGACGACUUUGCCCCAUACACACCCCGCAGGAAGGAGAACCUCCACGAAAACCUCCACGGCCUGGACAAGGAGCUGAGCGCUGAGGCACUGGAGGUGACCAUCAGGAAGGAGCUCCACGACUUUGCCAAACUGAACGAAAAUGUGUUCUACGUCUACAAAGACAUCGAGCACUUCAAGGACGAGCCCCAGAACAUCUCCAUCACUUGCGAGGAGGACAUCCACGUAACGGAGGAGGUCUACAAGAGGCCCGUCUUCACCAUGCCCACCUACAGGUAUCACAGAUUGCCGCUGCCAAUGGAAGGAGCCCCUCUUGAAGCAGUGUUUGAUGCCUUUGUGAACAUUCUCAGGGAGACCCCCAGCCUCUCACAGCUGCGUGACCCGUCCAAGCCCCUACCGGCCCUCGUCUUCAGCUGCCAAGUGGGUGUGGGCCGCACCAAUCUGGGCAUGAUUCUGGGCACCCUGGUCCUGAACCACCUUCACUCUGACCCACCUGCAGCCGACCAACCUGAGGCUGACCAGGUUGAGGAAGCGAAACCACUCUUCCAAGUGAUUCAGGCAUUAAUCAGCAGGCUGCCGAACGGCCAGCAGGUUCUGGAGGAGGUUGAUCGAGCCACCGCUCUGUGCUCAGAGAUGCACAACAUAAGGGAGGCCAUCUACGAAAACAAGAAAAAGCUGGAGGGAAUUGGGGAGGAUUACCAGUUUCAGGGAGGCGGCACAAAAGAUUACUUCCUUCACCGAGCCAUGCAGAGCCUGGAGCGCUACUUCUUCUUGAUUGUCUUCAACGCUUAUCUCCAUGAGCAGUACCCUCUGGCGUUUGCGUCCAGCUUUAGCCAGUGGAUGUGUGCCCACCCGUGGGUGUACCGACUGCUGGCACGCAUGAACCUGUCAGAGCUCCGUGCCCCCGCCGACCUGGUCACCAAGGGCACCCGAGUACUGGUGGCGGAUGCCUACUUGGCCCCAGAUGUCCUGAGCACAAUGAAGGAGAUGAGGGUGGCCAACUUCAGGCGGGUGCCCAAGAUGCCCAUCUACGGCAUGGCCCAGCCCACAUCAGAGGCUACAGGCGUGGUGCUGGCCUAUCUGACAGACGAGAAGCGGAAGCACAGCCACGUGCUGUGGGUCAACCUGCAGGAGGAGCUGGUGCUGGAGGCCAACGGGCAGAUCUACUCCCCGCGAGAGCCCAGCUGCCUGGACCAGCACAUCCCUGUCCCCGCCAGCUUGCCGCAGCUCAUUGAGCAACAGGAGACGGCGCUGAAGGAGGAGGUGCUGGCGGCACAGAAGUGGCUGGAGGUGACGCUGGAGCAGGAGAAGCAGAUGAAGAUGUUCAAGAGCUGCCUGACACCGCAGGAGAUCUUCAACCAGCACAAGGGGACCCACCAGGGCCUGCAGUACUGCCGCGUGCUGCUGCCCGACUGCUGUGCGCCCAGGGAGGAGGACUUUGAUCAGCUCCUGGAGGCCAUGAAGAGCAGCCUGGCGGAGGACCCGCGCUCAGCGUUUGUCUUUAACUGCUCCAGUGGGAAAGGCAGGACCACCACAGCCAUGGUCACCGCUGUGCUCACCCUCUGGCACUUCAACGGCUUCCCAGAGUUUGGCGAUGAUGAGAUGGUGAGCGUUCCUGACGCCAAGUACACAAAGGGGGAGUUUGAGGUGGUGAUGCAGCUGGUGAGGCUUCUGCCCGACGGGCACCGCAUGAAGCGGGAGGUUGACAUGGCGCUGGAUGCCGUCAGCGAGACCAUGACCCCGAUGCACUACCACUUGCGGGAGAUUAUCAUCUGCACCUAUAGACAGGUCAAGAGUUGCAAACCUGAGAAGGAAAGCCAUCAGCUGCUGCUGCGGAGUCUGCAGUACCUGGAGCGCUACAUGUACCUGAUCCUCUUCAACACCUACCUGCACCUGGAGAAGAAGGACUCCUGGCAGCAGUCCUUCAGCCAGUGGAUGCACCAGGUGGCGUCCCGGGCAGGUGUUUACGACCUUCUCAACCAUCUGGGCUUCUCCGAGUUCGAGAACCUGAAGGACUCGCCGCUAGCCAGCCUGCGUUGCCGCUGGCAACAGCAGAACGCUCAUCCGCUCCCUUUUCGCGGAGAGUUCAUUUGAGCAGGGAGCUGGGCUUGUUGAACUGUCGGAAGGAAAAACAUUCUCUCUCUCUCUCUGAUUUUUGUAAAAGCAGUGUCACUCUUUUUUUAACUGUUGCUUUUUUUCUUUUUUAGAAGCUGUUCUUUUGUGUUUCUUUUCUCUUUACUACUGGUAUGAAGACACAUUUUUUUUAACAGUUUUAUAUGAAGGCCUGUUUUAUGUUUCUAUAACCUGCUAUUUUGUGAAGAGUUGUUUAAGUUGCUUACAUUAAUUUAGACUCUGUCUUAGCUGUCAGAAUGAGAUGAAAACCUUUUUUUCCUGCCUGAAAUUCAUCUCUGAAGUCUUUUUUUGCUAUUUCAAUUUACAUCCCAACCUGCCAUUCACAGCUGCUACUAGGGAGCAGUUUUGAAGAAGAUGAUGAUGAUGAUGAUGAUGAUGAUCAUUCCAGGUUUUAGAGGGAAAAAAAUGAAUGAAAAAGAUCCCACAGACUGAUUCUGAUAUGCCCUUUUUUUGGCCAGUAGAACAGGAUGUACACCUACUCUUUGUACCGUGGUUCAAAUGCCAAAUGUGUGUUGGCGUACAAGUGCCGUGGGCCCUGCUUCCGUCCUCCAGUUCCUGUUUUCUGUCAAACUUUUGGUUAUGAGCAGAUUACAAGACACAGAUUGAAGGUCCCAACCUUCUCAGAUUUGAAACUGAUCCUUGUAAUCUGCCUAUAUACAGUGUUUCUGAAGAUUAUAGGGUACAUUAUGACAAUGGUAAUGUUUUACAGUCCUUUAUUUUGUAUGCUCGUUGGUCCUUUGUACAACAUGGAAUUGGGAAUCGAUAUAGGAAUGAUAUACAUGGUUGUUUGUCGAAUGUACUACAUUCAAUACAGAAUGAUGACGUGCAACAUUGCGGUAGGAAUUUGCUAAAUUAAAGUAAUGGUGAGGACGGUGUGGUUAUUCUUUAAAAUGAUCACCAUACAGCAUUGCCAUUAGUAUCAACUCUGCCCCCUUAGUCCUUGGCAACUGGACCCUUCUUCUACAUGAUUGGUUGAGAAUUUGUUUUUUUGGAUUGCUUUGGAGAGAUGUCAUAAUGCACAAACUAGGUCGACCUAGGACCGAAACCCUUGGCAAGAUAAGUGAUUUUGGUGAUUGCCCCUGCUUUUUAAAACCAUGUUCCAUGACUAAUUUUCUCUUCAUGUUAGGAUUGUUAAGGUGCACACACAGAGACCACAUCUGUAAUAGCUUGUUAAAAAUCCCUUGCAAGUGCAAGUGCUGACAUUAUUUUAAUGAUUGCCAACGUUGUGUAGUACACUUGUGAAAAGCCCAACCUCACUGAGAUCAUCUAUGGACGCCCACCACUUAAUCUCAUAUUAAGAUGACACACAAAUUAAAAAACCGCCAAAAAAAAAAACACACACACACACACACACACACACGGACCUCUGUGACAGAAAUCCUUUCCCGUGGGAGUCUUCCCAGGCGCCUGCUCUCAAUAAAAAGUGGGGGGUAUAUUACACGGUCAUAAGGCGCUGUCUGAAGUGCCUAUGGAGAUGUUGUGGUGGUGAGUCCCACCUCACAGCCUCCAACAAACCAGUUCUGUGUGAUGUCAUGACUCCCUCCCCCUUGAGGUUCUGGAGGGUGAGCAAUUAAACCAAAUUAGAAGUCCAGACCCAGAUGCUAUUGAGUGGGGGUCGUAUUCUAGAAUAUUCAUGGCCGAGGGAAGAUGACAUUAACGUGAUUGUGUUUUUAAACAAGCGCGAACAUGCUCUUGUGAUUAUGAAAUGAACAUUUAUGUUCACGAUAUGCUUCAUUAAGAUUUUUUUUUUUUUUAAAUGAAUUUCAUGCAGUCUGCAUCUUAAUUUUAACACAGUGUCAGUAUCUAACAUUUCCAUGUUAUGUCGUCAUCACAUCUAUGUAAAGCAUUUUCAGUGUCUCUCCAACUUUUCCUGUACCAGUGUGAGAUUCAUUGCAUUGUGCGUUAUGACUGCAAAUCUGUCCAAUGCAUUGGAGUCCGGAGUAUUAUGUGCAUACCAGAUCAUAUCCAGUGGAUGGGACGCCCUUCACUCAGCAGUUCAUGCCAACAGGAAACACAUCCUGAAGUUAUCAACCACUGUCUCUGGUUCUUCCACUUGGAUUUGUUUUUUUUUUGCAGUGAAACCCCACCUCUUCUCUUCUCUUCAUCCUUCUGACCACCUGUCCUGGCAUCAGGUUGGGCGCAUACCCUUUCUUCUGCAAGGGCUUGACUACUUGUCUGGCUCAAGGUCGAGGCCCAGAGUGGAGCGAUGACCAAGGUCAUGCACGCGCAGUGACUGCUUGCACUUCAAAUGUUCACGACUUGGAUUAAAGUAUGUGAUGUCAAAAAAAAAUGUGAAAAGAAUUUAAGAAUCACUAAAUUGUAACUGAAGUCCAUGAAAAGACCACUGUGAUUUUUUUUUUGUUCGUAAUACACACCAUGAAAUCCAGGUUCUUUCACCACCUGUUCAAAAUUGCAUUAUUUAGCAGCCGCUUGCCACAUUAAUGUUAUUGCUUUCAGUGAAGUCUUAGUUAAUAAUGUUAACUGCUUUAGGCAUACAUUCAGUUUUGAUACUUGAUAAGUACAGAGUACUGCUAAAUGUUUUAUAAUUGUAGAGGUAUUUUAAAAUGGUCCUUUUGGUGUCUGUCUUGAUGAUUUACAUAAUAGGUUCUGCAUGUACAUUUGUAAUUUAGAGAUCAUCAUUUGAUACUGUAGUUUUGAAUAUAUGUCAAAUUCUCUUGUAGUGUAAUCUUUAUUUUAUAUAACUAAUGCAACACAUUUUGUUAAUGUCAUAUUCGAGCUGAUUCACUGCUUUUAUCUUUAGAUAAAAAUAAACAUGUUUCAUAAA